AUGAAUAGUAUUUUAAUAGCAAAUGAUGGCACCCAAUACUAAAUUAAAAAUCAACUUGGUAGUGGUUCAUUUGGUACUGUUUAUUAGGUGACUGAUCUAUCAAUGAAUAAACAUUAUGCUUGCAAAAUAGUUAACUAUAAAUGAUAUUUCUAGAUUUCAAAGGCCCUGCUCUAAAAAUAUAAUGCUGAAAAGAUGAUUCGAUAAGAAAUUUAUAUUCAGUCAACCAUUAAUCAUAGAAAUAUUGUAAAGGUAGUGAAUUCUUUUGAAGAUAACUAUUAUAUUUAUAUCAUUUCUGAAUUUUGUUCUAGAGGAACAUUGAAACAACCCAAAAUUCCUUAUUAAGAAAAGGAAAUUUUCAACAUAACACAUUCUCUAAUGAGUGCACUAGAUUGUUUACACUCUAAUAGUAUUGUUCAUAGAGAUUUAAAGGUAUUAAUUUGUUAAGUUAUCUAUCUAUUAUAGUUGGAAAAUAUCUUUAUAAAUGAAGAAGGAACUUAUAAAUUAGGAGACUUUGGAUGGGCAACAUACAUAGAUAAAAUUGAACCAGCUAUUUGUGGUACAACUGAAUAUAUGCCUCCUGAAGUUGUUCUCAAAGAAAAUCAUGAUUUCAAAGUGGAUUCUUGGUCAUUAGGAGUUUUGUUAUAUGUAUGAUUUAAAAUCAUUUAUUAAUAGAUAUUAGUUCAUACUAAUUAUCCUUUUAGAGCAUAAUCAUAAUCUGAAUUGAUCUAAUUAAUAACAACAAAGGAAAUUAAUGUAAAUAAAGGAAUCGAUGAAGACUUAUAAAUUUUAAUUUUAGCCUUAUUGACUAAAGAUCCUCAAUAAAGACCAACUAUAUAAUAACUAUUUAUGAGUAAAUGGAUUAAAAAGUAAAUGAAAUUAUACAAUAUUUUCAAUAAAUAUGAGAAUCAGCAAUUGAAAAAUAAGACAUUAUCCAAAAACCUUGCAAUUAAAAUUAUUGAUGUUAAGUAAUAUUCCAUUUAUUAUUUAAGUGGAUCUGUUAAAAAGUGUUUGGCUGAUAGUUAGAAGAGUUCUUUAACAUAAAGUACAAAUACACAAAUUAGUUCAUCAAAUAAUCCUUGUUCACCUUUCCAAAGUAAGACAAAUAUUGAUCAUAUUUUUUCAUUUAAAGAAGAUGACAACAUCAUAUCUGUUCCAUAACCUAAAUUUGGUUGA